CUCAUGACGUUCAUCUUGCACGGAAUAUUUAUUAUCAUGGUCUACGUCCAAGCAUCCCAACACAUAUACCCAAGGUAAUUGCUGAAUUGAUAACUAAAUGCUGGGAUCCUCAGCCAGACAAAAGACCAAGUUCUAAAGAAAUAUAUGAAACUAUAACCGCUUGUUAUGAUAAAUCAACGGAAUUCAUUGCACAAAUAGAAAACUAUGAUGAAGUAAUGAAAACUUUUUUCGAAUCCAGGGUAUCGACACCCUCUGUUUUAAAGACGCAUACCGAAGAAAAUAAUACUAGCAGACAAUUUACUCCUCUAAAUAUUGCGGAUUCUGAUCAGCAGUAUAAUCAUCUAG